UUCAAACAUGGCGGCUUCUCUAACCCAUCUCUAACAAACGCGAUUUAAAAUUAUUGACUUUGACAAUGAACCAACUCAAAAUAUCGAUGAAAAAUAUAUUUUAUUUGCCUAAAUUCAAGAUAGCUCAAAUAAAAACAGCUUUGAAUUAUACAUUUUUCUUUGCAGUUUCCCACAAUGCAGCAGCAAAACACAUUUGACCUACUUACGGACUGUCGAACCAAAAAUGAGUGAAUGUGACUGGAAUGAUAACUAAAUUGUAUUUUCUGUUUUUCAGUCGAAAAUUUACUCUUAAACAAGAAGACAAACAGAAAACAACAGACAAUGUGAGGACCAUAAGAGACUUAGUGUAAACCGAGAGAGCCAGGAAGAAAUGUCAGACGCCAUGCGGCUUUCAAGUUUGAAUCGUUUCCGGCAUCCUGCAAUCAGGUUUGCGUUGCCAGUGUUGUCUAUAGUGGCUCUCCUGGUCUCUUUUCACAUGUGUUGGAAUAAGUGUAGUGACAGGGCUGUCCACAGCCCGACUGGACAUCAGGAUGAUAACUUUUAUAGGGAAGAUAGGCCGAUAGGACAAGAUGAAAUAUAUGACGAGAACUCUGAGCAUCUCAACUCAAAUGACCUUGGCAAAGGUCAAGGUCAACAUAAAUCAAAGCCUGUUGAUGAAGUGGAGGAGGAGGAGGAUGGUGGUAGAAGUCAAAAGACGUACAAGGCAAUACAGUGCCACAUUAACGAGGAUUAUAAUAUUCCUUGCAGAAAGGAGGACAAAGAGGUUUAUGUUCCAUUUAGUUUUGUGCAGAAUUAUUUUGAGAUCACUGGCAGUGUUCAGCAACAGGAAGAUGGCGGAGAAGUGUUAAACUGGCUUCACAGUUACUCCGAGAUAAAACAGCUGCGAGAGAAAUACUCAACAAAGGGUGUCUUCAUGCACUUUGACCACUACAAUGUGGAGGUGCGAGACAGGGUGAAAUGUGUCAGUGGGAUGGAUGGUGUCCCAGUGUCCACCCAGUGGGGACCUCAGGGCUACUACUACCCCAUACAGAUCGCCCAGUUUGGCCUCAGUCACUACUCAAAGUUCCUCAUUGACACAGAAAAAGCCAGUGUGACCCAGCGUCUUAAAGACGGGCAGGUUAACCGUGAGCUUUGGGAGGUCCCAGGGGGCGCCACUGUCCACAGCGUAGAGGACGAUGAUAGAGGAGGGCAAGUAGUGGAGUUUAAGAACACUGAGUCCUUUUCGAAGCCAGGGAUUUUCUUUUCACUAGAUGAGACAGCAGACUUUGUGUUAACCUUUGACCUUAAGUUUGAGCACAAUGGCAGCCUGACUGUUGAAGUGAUGACAAAAGGCAGAUCCAAGCAGAAACUGUUCCUAACAUACACGUGUAGUAACGUAUUCAUAGCUGCCUCUGGGAAUAACAUUUACCAUGGAAUAGGUGCCGAUAAAUGUAGAACAUGGCGGACAUUCACACGUGAUAUUGUCACGGAUGUCCAAAAAGGUGCUAAAAUAUUAUGGAAGAAGAAGUAUACUAAAAAACACAUUUCGAACAUAGUGGGGCUUUACCUCCGUGGGCAUGGGUGGAUCGAUAACAUCUCAACCUCCAGCUCGGCUCACAUGGCCCAGUUUUUUGCUGCGGCUGAUUGGAUGCUGAAGGCCCAGGACGAGGAAGGGGGCUGGCCAAUCAUGGUGACUCGGAGAAUCGCAGACGGAACAGUGGAGCUUCCGCCUGGGUGGUACUCUGCCAUGGCCCAGGGCCACGCUAUGUCCACGCUCACACGUGCCUUUCUACGCUCUAAAGAUCAGAAAUACCUGGAUGCUGCAAUACGCGGGUUAAAACCCUUUGAUGUGAAGAGUAAAGAUCAUGGGGUUUUAGCAAUAUUUAUGGACAAAUAUGCAUGGUAUGAAGAAUACCCAACUACGCCCAGUUUAUUUGUUCUCAAUGGAUUUAUUUACUCCCUCUUGGGGCUUUAUGAUCUGAAGUCAGUGGCGCCUGACAACUCUGACGUCCAGCGCCUUUAUUCUCAGGGUUUGACCUCUCUCAAGGCCAUGCUGCCGCUUUAUGACACUGGGUCAGGGACAACGUAUGAUUUACGUCAUGUCACGAUGAGCAGGCCCCCAAACAGGGCGCGAUGGGACUAUCACACCACACACAUAACACAGUUGUUAGUGCUCGCUUCUAUUGAGGACGAUCCUAUUUUCGCUACAAUGGCCAAACGGUGGACUGAGUACACAAAAGGAAAAAGAUCUCCGCAUAAUUGAAAAAUUCCAUGUCAGCACAAUGUAUGGUAAUGACUUGAAGUUUUUAAUCGGGAAAAUUGUGAAUUUUACAGAUACUGUUAUUUUUUUCAGUCAAUUUUUAAAUUUAAAACAUUCUAAUUGAUUUGCAGUAACAAAAUUGAAAAGCAAGCUAGCCUAUAGUUUUGUUCUAUGCUGAAAAAUCACCACAAAUGAUAAUACAGAAAUUAAAUUUUUAUGAUUCUUAUGUUAUGUAUCUGAAGGAUUUAAUUUGAUGAUUUUUGCCCAUUUAAAAUAUCAAGUCAUUACUGUAUCAAUGUUAAUAUGAGAAAUAGUAGCUCUUUACACUAAAGGACAAAUGUGUGUUUGGAGAUGCACAUAAUUUUUGCAGCAUGUUUUACAACAUUUUUUGUCCAGCAAUCUUCAUGGAAUACUGAACAUGAAUUGAUAAUAAAUUUUGAAAAUCCCUGACACUGAACUAUAAGAGGGUAAAUGUACUAUAAGAGAGAUGUUUGAAAUUCUCAGUAUUCAGAGAAACAAAGCCGAGUUAAUCGUGGAACAUAUAAUCAUUAGUCUUCCACAGUGGGAAUCGGGCAUAUUUUUUGUUUCUUUAAUAGGAAAUUUAGCUAUCUAUUUAUGGCCCCAUUCAGAAUAGGGGACUAACUAGUCCAAUGCUCAAAUAUGGCAACCCACUAUAAAGCUUUCCAUCUAAUCCGCUAAUAGACACUGAAUAGACAUCCCGUGGGGAAGUAUUCAAGUGGGUCGGCCAUAUUUUACCCUCAGACUAGUUGGUCCCCUAUUGUGAAUGGGGCCUAUCGGUCUUUCAACCAUUAUUCCAGCAAAAAAAGUAAAAGCUGCGCCAUGCUUAUUUUUAUGUAAAGUAUCCAGUUCUGCAAGGAAGCACAGCAUAGAACACAGCAGCCUUUGUAUUUGGCUAGAACCUGGUUGCAGUUGUUGUGAACCUUACACCCCAUUUCCAUAGAUUAGAUCGACCUAACUUCCUGGGGGUUCACGCUAAAUAGCUGUCAGACGGGC